GAAAAGCAAAGUGAAGGCAAGAAGAAGAAAAAAGAAGAAGAAGAAGAAGAAGAAGAAGAAGAAGAAGAAGAAGGGAGCUGUCAAAAAAGUCUUCCCGAGUCCGUGUAAAAGUGGAGGGCCGGAGCUCGCUAUCUCUCCUCCGAGGACACAUUAGGAGCCCGGGCCUCGGCGCAACUUAGCCUGAGACUCGCUGGAGCCUCCUCGGCUUCUCGGCUUCUCUUCUCGGCGUCUGCUGUGCUCGCCGCGGCCCUGCGGAGGUCCUGCGGCGGUGUGGCGGUGAAGUGUGGCCGGGGAGCGGCAGCACAAUGCUGAAGAUGAAGGCGGUCUGCUGCCACAAGUAAAGCUGCAGUGUAGAACCAACAGUCCUGACCUGGCAACAUACGAAUGGCCCAGGGAAGCCACAAGAUUGACAUUCAGGUUUUGCAUCACCUGCGCCAGAAGUUCCCUGAAGUCCCAGAGGGUGUUGUGUCCCAAUGUGUUCUGCAGAAUAACAACAACUUAGACGCGUGCUGUGAAUACUUGUCCCAGGUCAGUCCGGGCUACCUGUACAGUGAAGAAGGACACCUCAGCUUUUCUGAAGACCCCAGCUUGACCAGGCUUGGCAAUCACAUGACCCAGCUGAACCUGGGCCUGCAGUCUCACAAUGUGCAUGUGGCCCCGCUGCGGGACGGCCUGAGAAUGAACGGCAGCCGGACUCUGGCCCACAGCCUGAGCGACGGGCCUCUGCAGACCAGCCAGGCCCCGAACACUGACUUUUUUCAGCAGGAGCCCCAGUCUGCUCCGGCGGAAGGGCCCAACAGUCUCAAUGUGUUUACCGCAAUGGAGCCCUCGCGCAAACCCCAGCCUCCGCAGCACCUGGGACUCUACCCUCUGGGGGUCAAAGGAAUGAGUGUGGGUCCCCAACAGACCGCACGCUUCAACCCCAUCACAGUGACACUAGCGCCGCACAUUCAGACAGGCCGCAACACUCCUACUUCUCUACACAUACAUGGCGGGCCACAGUCGGGUCUGAGCAGUCCACAGGGUAACUCCAUCUACAUCCGGCCCUACGUGAGCCAGUGUGGUACGAUACGACAGCAGCAGGGGAACCGGGCCCAGUACAGUCCUACUUCUCAGCCUCUACAGCAGAUCUAUCAGAUCUCGCAUCCCUCGUCGUUGUCCGGCUCAUGGUCCGGCCCUCAGCAGGCCCCGCAUACCUCACAGCACCACACCCAGGGCCACCAGACAUCUCAUGUCUACAUGCCAAUCAGCUCUCCCACGAACUCCCAGGCGCCCUCCGUCUUUCCUUCUGGCGUGGCCUCCUCGUGUUCGUCUUCUUCCUCGUCCUCCGUCAUGCCCACUUCGCUCUCGGCCGUCAGCCAGUACAACAUCCAAAACAUCUCCACCGGCCCGCGGAAAAAUCAGAUCGAGAUCAAGCUCGAAUCUCCUCAAAGGAGCAACUCCAACACGACCACCGCCGUGCUGCGGACCGGCGGCGGCGGCUCGCGCUCCUCCUCCACCUCGUCCUCUUGUCCUUCCUCCUCGUCCACGACUGGAGUGUCCACCGUCCCCAGCACUCCUCUCUCCAUCGGAGGCUCGGGUCUGAGCCGUAGCCAGCCCACUGUUUACAUUUCUGCCAGCCCGCCCGCUGCCGCCACCACGCCUUCUGAGGAGGCCUCAGCCGGAGCCCGCUCGCAACCCAAGUUUUACAUUUCGGCCAAUCCCUCUGGUGACGACAGUGGGGGGAGGAACCCUCCUACAGUCUACAUCUCAGCUAACCCUCCUUUGCAGGGGGGGCCAGGUGCCAGGAACAUUGGGGGCCAGGUGAGCAUGGGGCCCGCCUACAUCCAUCACCAUCCGCCCAAGUCCCGGACCUCUGUAGGAGGGGGAGGCACGGCUUGUUCCCCACGCGUGGUGGUGACUCAACCCAACACCAAAUACACUUUCAAAAUCACUGUGUCCCCCAAUAAACCCCCGGCAGUGUCCCCUGGGGUGGUCUCGCCUACGUUCGAGCCCAACAACCUGCUCAGCUUACCCUCAGACCAUCACUUUGCAGAGCCAGACCCCCUCCAUCUCUCAGACCCACUGUUGCCACACAAGGAGAGACCGAGUGAGCCUCGAAGACUCAGCAUGGGCUCUGAUGAUGCGGCAUACACACAAGCAUUGUUGGGCCAUCAGAAGGCCCGCAUGGAGAGGCUUUGGCACGAGCUGGAGCUGAAGAAGAAGAAGCUGGAGAAGCUAAAAGAAGAGGUCAGUGAGCUGGAGAAUGACCUGACCAGGAGACGGCUGGAGAGAUCCAAUUCUGCCUCCCAAAUCCCUUCGAUUGAAGAGAUGAAGCAGUUGCGAUGCAAAAACCGAUUGCUACAGAUCGACAUCGACUGCCUCACCAAAGAGAUUGAUCUCUUCCAAAAAAGAGGACCACACUUCAAUCCCAAUGUCAUCCAUAAUUUCUACGACAACAUAGGAUUUCUUGGUCCUGUCCCACCCAAACCAAAAGAGCCAGACAGUGUGAGUGUGAAAGCCAUGGCGGACCAGGAGGAAGACGAGGGCACGCAGUGGAGCUGCACCGCCUGCACCUUCCUCAACCACCCGGCCCUCAACCGCUGUGAACAGUGCGAGUUCCCACGCAACUUCUGAGCCAGAGAGGCCACGCCCCCUCCCCCCCCACCCCCCCGCGCUCUUUGGCCUGCAGCGUGGGGAAGAAAAGUGCCUCUUCCUGACGAGGUGUCAUCAUCUUUCCUCCUCUUUCACCCUCUGAAGGUUUGACUGGAUCCUGUUUACAGCGUCUUUCUUCCUCACAGUCCACUGAUACCUCACCUUGGAGACUCCCCCGCUCAACUUCACUCCCCUUCCCUCCUCUUGUCUGGGUGGGGGGGUACCUCGCUGCUCUCCUACAGUAUUAUGAGUGUUGCUCCAUUUCUGCUGUGUCUCAAAUGGAACACUUGCAUCAGUCCCCUCGCUGAGUGUCACAGUAUUUACCCUCAGCAACUUAGUCCCUCCUAGUGAUGGCUCAACGACCGCCUCAGUGAGUGUGUGCCACACUAUGUGGCACAUGUUUAUGACAGUGUUGUUUAGUGUGGUCUCACUAUAUGGCACAUGUUUAUGACUUACUUGGGCUGUUUUCCUGUGUGUAGUGUUUUAGUUCUUGUCUUGGGCUCC